CAUCCCCAGCGAGGGCACGUCUCGGAAUAGUAGUUCAUCCAUCUCGAGAAAUUUGUUCUAGCAAGCAGCGAGCAGCUGCGUGCGCGGACUUCAAAGCAGCCGCCCUGUAUUUGCGCUGGUGCUACUCAGAUGCGCCGAAGGUCGCUAGCAUGGAUCAAUUGCCUCAAGAAUUGAUUGAAUUGAUCGUCGAGUUCUUGUCCCCUGACGCUAGCUUGCCUGACGAGGACGAGGACGGUUGGAGUCCUUACAGCGAUUCCAGGAAGCCGGAGAGCUCGCUAUUGCCAUACGCAACCAUCUCGAGAGCCUGGCAAGCCGCAAUUGAGCGUCAGACAUUUCGUAGUCUCAAACUCAACAGCGAUGAGUAUCCUAUGCUCAAAAAUACGCUCGGGCCUCAUCGAUACAGAUGUCUUCAGAGGCUUGUGCUUACCAUCAUCUUGCCGUCAUAUGAUUCCGUCAGCGCAACCAAGGUUGAGACACAGCAAGACAAAGAUGCCAAUGACCAUGCCUACAGCCGAGCGGUACACGACAUAUUUGAUAUUCUGCGGUCUUUAGAAGUAGUUGACGGCAAAAGUCGCAGCCUUGAAUUCUACAUCAACCACCCGGUAUCACGUAGCGAUGUUCAGUACUUUAUGGGCAGAGGAACGAAAGGCUCCGACGGCCAGAUCUAUGAAGGCCGAUAUUUUCACUCGUACAUCGACCUUUAUAACAUACACAGACUGCCAAAGCUACGGGAUGUCACCAAGUUUGUCAUGAAAAUGCCCAAAACCCAGCUUGGGCAUCGAAUGUUGUAUCCUAGAGUGCCAUUUCAGAUCGCGUCAAAAAUGCCAAACCUCGAGGCACUAAGCGUCGAUGCCAACGACAACGAGAGGCUCUACGUUGAUCGUCGUCUCAAGUAUCGCCAAGAUCUGGCCGAACACCUGCAGAAGCUGUCGUUGCCAAAACUGAGGAAGGCAGAUUUGCAUUUUCUGUACACCUCGCCACAAGAUCACUACUAUAUGCCACCGAUGAUCAACCCUACUGCCGACUUUGACUUGUUGAGCUCUGUUUGCCAGUCGUUUUCUCAGGGCCUUGAGGAGCUUGACCUGAACGGCGUGCUAGAUGUUACUCUGCUGCGGCCAUUGGAAGGGUUCAAGACCGCCUUGUGGCCAAGAUUGGAGCAGUUGGAUAUCCAUUUCCACCAAGUCCGUCCAGCUGGGGGGUGGUACUUCACCGGAGACCCGCCAUCCUGGAUGCCCGGUCCAACGCCAGCAACUGAGGCUAUUGUCGAUAACCCGAACGAGGAAUUCGACUUCGGCCAAGAAAUGGGUCUAAUUGGUAUGCAGCAGACACGCUAUUUUCGUACUACACCAGACAACGAUGCCAUCACACCUCUGGUCGAGGCUUUCGCAGAUGCUGUGGCGGUGAUGCCCAAGAUACGGAAUGCCAUGCUACAUAGUACCCUCGGAGAAGGCAACGUGACUCCAGAAUGGUUCGUCAUUGCGUACGUGGCACCUUGUCGCAAACCUGCCGCGUGCCAAGGAGCGUGCUACCGAUUACCAGAAAGAAUGUUGGUGACAGAUCUUCAAGGUUGGGUCCCGGCGGAUCGAGUAACGAAUAAGCUGCGUAAUAUGGGAAGCAAGUAUUAUGAUGUUGAUAUCACGGAAGAAAGUAUGGACAAGUUUCUAUCCAGAAAUGGUCGAACUUGACCUGAACGGGUCAUUGCUCAAACUUGCUAACAGAGAUCCCUCGAAAAACUCGCGAUCUACUCAGAAGAGAUGCUUCAAGCCCUCUAUUGUUCCACGAAAACCAACGACCUCAUCACGGGCGAUCCCUAGAUCUUCCGGACUAAUGUGCUCGUCGGUUUCGACCCAAGGAUCGCAUCGCUCCCCGAACUUGAACUGCAGAGCAAGCUCAUUACCCGCAGGGCCCCAAAUCUUGGUCCAAUCCUCGAGAGUACACUCAAUGUAGCGUGCC